AUGGCCAUGAGCCAAAACAGGUCUCCAGAGGAGAGCACUGAGGGAGAUGCUGGGAGAACAGAGUGGAAGCCCACGGUGAAAGGCAGAGACAUUUACAUAUACUUCUCCAAGGAAGAAUGGGCAGAGAUGGCAGAAUGGAAAAAAAUCUGAUAUAGGGAUGUGAAAAGGAACUACGAAGCGCUGAUUGCUAUAGGUUUCAGAGCCACUCGACCAGCUUUCAUGCAUCACCGCAGGCAGGUAGAUGACACUGACAAUUCUGAUGAAGAAUGGACACCAAGGCAGCAAGGUAAACCUUCUAGGAUGGCCUUCAGAGUGCGUCACAGUAAACGCCAGAAAGGAAUGUCCCGGGGACCAUUAAGUAAGGUGUCCAGUUUGAAGAAAUUGCCGGUAGAGGAAAAAUUGUUGAAGAAAAGUGGCUCCAAGUGGGCUCAGAAACCAGUGUACACUCUCCGAGAAACAAGGACCCCUGGACAACACUCCAGACAAAAAGUCGAACUCAGAGGAAAGGAGACUGGAGUGAAGAGGUACAGACUACGGGAAAGAAAGGACCAUGUGUACCAAGAGCUCAGCGAGCCUGAGGAUGAUGACUACCUCUAUUGUCAGGAAUGUCAGGACUUCUUCAUUGACAGAUGUGCUGCCCACGGCCCCCCAACCUUUGUAAAAGACACUGCAGUUGAAAAGGGGCAUGCCAACCGCUCAGCACUUACUUUGCCCCCUGGAUUAAGUAUCAGACUGUCAGGCAUCCCUGAGGCUGGGCUUGGAGUAUGGAAUGAGGCAUCCAAUCUGCCUCUAGGCCUGCACUUUGGUCCCUACGAAGGCCAGGUCACAGAAGAUGAAGAGGCCGCCCACAAUGGGUAUUCCUGGAUGAUCACCAAAGGAAGAAACAGGUACGAGUAUGUGGAUGGAAAGGACACAUCUUUGGCCAAUUGGAUGAGGUAUGUGAACUGUGCCCGACACUAUGAGGAGCAGAACCUGGUGGCCCUCCAGUAUCACGGGCAGAUCUUCUAUAGAACCUGCCAAGUGGUCCGGCCUGGCUGUGAGCUGCUGGUCUGGUAUGGGGAUGAAUAUGGCGAGGAACUUGGUAUCAAGCGUGAAAGCAGGGGGAAGAGCAUGCUCGCAGCCGGGAGAGGUGAGGGCCACCCCUCUUCCAGCACCCCAACCCAUCCUGGGGAGCUUACCUUGUCCAAUUCUGAAGCACAGUACAAACCAGUUUAA